AAGCAUUUUCUCUCCUUUGGAGCUUCUCUGUGUUUUUGGUUCUUGAGGUGUUCUGAGGCGCUUUAUCGAUUCAGAAACAAAGACUGCUCCCAUGGCUGAUCCUGAACUUGAAGCUAUUAGACAGAGGAGAAUGCAAGAGCUGAUGGCUCAACAUGGCACUCAGGGGAAGCAGCAGAAUCCAGAUCAUGAGAGAGCACAAGAAGAUGCUAAAAGGGAAGCUGAUGAACGUAGACAAGUGAUGCUUAGUCAAAUAUUGUCUUCCCAAGCCCGAGAGAGAAUUGCUCGAAUUGCACUGGUGAAACCUGAGAAAGCUAGAGGCGUAGAGGAUGUUAUCUUGAGGGCUGCUCAAAUGGGACAGAUUGUUGAGAAGGUUUCUGAGGAGCGGCUUAUAACCCUGUUGGAACAAAUAAACAGCGAAACUAGCAAACAGACCAAAGUCACGAUCCAGAGGCGUCGUGGGGUGGAUGACGAUUAGGAAGAAGAAGAAGGUUAUGAUGUGCUUGUAUAUCCAUGGAGAUCUCAUUGUUGAGUUCACUAAUAUGUACUUAGUUGUUACUGUGACAUGUUUAUUGUUAGUGAACCUUAAUGAUCUUCCAAAUGGUUGGGAUGAGAUAAGAUCAAGAGUAAUUUGAAACUCUAAUGAUUUGCUCAAGUCAUUUGCCUCUAAUCAGACUAUUUUA